UGUUUUGUUUUGGAAGCUGAAGAAGCAGAUGACGAAGAAACGAGAAAGAAUCUUUUAGACCGCAGUCAAGACAGUCUUAUGAUUGCUAUCCACCUGGCUACUGACAUUGCUAAGUCAGUUCCGGAAUUAAAACGAUGUGCCACAGAUCUCUGGCAAGCUUUCAAUCAGCUGCAGACGAAAUUCAUCUUUCGAGGGGAUCCUGAGAGUAAGAAGCAGAUGUUUAAGCUCUGUGAGAUUACAGGUGGUUACCGGAACUUGAUGAAAUGUUAUCCGUUGAUUGGCUAGAUCAAGAAUGUUUGGAAACUUGCCUGCAAAAAUACAUUAAAAAAAAAGAAUUUGAUAAAGCUGAUCUCUUUUUGAAUUUAAUCGCCACUCGACCAAACCCUUGUAUACUAAACAUAAAUAAUAGCGAGACUGUAAAAAAAUUGAGAUUUGAACAAAUGAAACUUGCGUCAGAAAAAAUGAUUGCAGAAGAAGAUUUAGUGGAUCCUAUAUGGAAGAAGAUAAUGGACGAAGUAUAUUUGAAACCUACGCUGGCCGAUAGAUCAGAACAUUUAAAUACAACAUCUACAAACUCACAGGAUGGUGAAAAUAAUGAUAGCGUCAAUUUAUUAGAUAAUCAUGGAAUGAGAUUCGACGUUAUGUUAGUGAAUGACAAUGACAGCUGUCCAGAUGUUGAAGACAGACUCUGGUCUUACCGAGCUUCUGGGUGUAUGAAAUGGAGCAUAAAGGAAAAAUGUGGAUUAACUGUGGAACAAGUUCAAGAUCUACGAAUUCCGGGUCAGGUAAUAUUAACAAAGGACAUUUUUAACAUUUUCCAGUCUAAAGUUGUCAUCUUUUUCUUUGAUGGGAUUGAAAAUGUAGGCACAAUCGAAAGGCACCAAGAA